AUGGCGGUGGCUAAUGUUGGUGUCGCGGCUUCACUUAGUACUUGCUUCACUGCUCGACCUAAUCUUCGCUCGCGACCCAGAGAUUUCGUUAAUUGUCCAUGGCCGGGACUCGUUCUCGCGGCGAAGACACGGCGGCGGCGCGUCGUCUUCGGUGUAUCUAACUCUGACGGAAGCUUCAAUCACAGACCUUCUACUACCUCUGUUCCGUCUACGGUAGAGGAGACAGUUUCCAUUGAUCAAGAGAAGCUCGAAGGAGUUAUUCAGUUCGAUAAACCCAGAUCAGCUUUAUCUUCUUCCAUCGCGAAAUGGGGUCGAGUGGCGUUACUUGCUGGUGGUGAUGUUUUGGCUCUGCUUCUGUUCUCUGCAUUAGGGAGAUUCAGCCAUGGAUUCCCUGUGUUUAGCAUCGAUACUCUACAUACAGCUGACCCUUUCAUUGCUGGAUGGUUUCUGAGUGCUUAUUUCUUGGGGGGAUAUGCCGAGGAAGGGCGGGGAAUGAAAGGUCGGUCAAAAGCCUUGGUUGCAGCUGCUAAAUCUUGGGGUCUUGGAAUUCCGCUUGGGGUGGCCAUUAGGUCAACUACAUCUGGGCACAUCCCUGCUGCUAGCUUUAUCUUGGUGACAAUGGGAAGUACUGCUGUUUUACUUAUCGGGUGGAGAGCACUGUUAUUCAGUGUGCUUCCUACUGAGUCCAAGAAGAAAGAUGAUAUGUAUCGAAAGGGCAGUGCAUUCGAACUAUUUGAGGUCUUUGCUUACUUCAUUAAUAAGACGGUGGUGAAGAAGGGAGCAUCCCGCCGAUGGUGGUUGAGAUUCAACAUGCACAUAUCCAUCCACUUUUGCUCUUUCACGAAAUUGUAA